AUGUGCGCUAAUGACAAGUAUCCAACUGUUUCCACCGUAGGUCUCCCUAAUCUAUGUUUAAGAAGGACAGUGGUGUUGGUGCUAGCGAUAAGGAUAUUGCGUCAAAAUGUUCGGCCAAGAAAAAGAUUCAAGUGGAAAAGGACAAGCCAAUCAUCAAUAAUCACGGCUCCCAUGGGGAUGGCCGUAAGGUUAAGGAAAUCGAUAGGCGUCGGCCAAAAACCCUCGCGAAUCACUGAAAAGACGUCGGGGAAUAACUGGACUCACGGUGUAUGCGCUGUCUGGACCCCCAAGACAAAAUUUGCUGAGGCAACGACCAUGAAAAUUGUUGAAGGCAUCGGCACUAUCCCCGUAGCGAGGUGGUUACAAAUCUGCAAGAUUUGUGAGGGUAAUGGGGGUGCUUACGUUGAGUGCUAUGUGAGCCACGAGAGUGGUAAGUACCCACAGUCAUCUUAUACUUCUGGCAAGUGUCGCUCAUGUAACACGUUCAUAGUUCAUGUCGGUCGUGCACAUAAAGCAGGGUGGCGGAUGGGACUUGAUAUCCAACCCAUGAAAGGCUCUAAGAGAGGUCAAAUGAACAUGUUCCAGCUUGGCACCGAAACCGGAAGCGUGACUGCUGCUAUCUGGUGUCCGGAGCAUGAGCUGAAGAGAAGACUACUACAAAUGUGCUUAGCGAGAUAUCUGAGGAGACCAGACAGGUAA